AUGGACAAGAUGUCAUCAGCAUGUUUGAGCGCUGGGAAGAAAAAUGCAUACACAGCAAUCAAAGUAGAUCCUGAUGAGGAUUACUGUACCCCAGGUGCAUUUGAAUUGGAGCGACUCUUCUGGAAAGGAUGCCCAAAGUACACUCAUGUCAAUGAAGUCUGGCCCAACCUCUACAUAGGAGAUGAGAAAACUGCGUUAGAUCGCUACAGCCUUGAGAAGGCAGGCUUCACCCACAUCCUGAACGCGGCCCAUGGUCAGCGGAAUGUGGACACAGGACCAGGAUAUUAUCACGACAUGACUGUGGAGUACCAUGGAGUGGAAGCAGAUGAUCUCCCCACUUUCAAGCUCAGCCAGUUCUUUUAUUCAGCUUCUAAAUUCAUUGAUAAUGCGCUUCAGGAUGAAAGAAACAAGGUUCUGGUUCACUGUGCUAUGGGUCGCAGCCGGUCAGCCACAUUGGUCUUGGCUUACCUGAUGAUUUACAAGAACAUGACAGUAGUGGAUGCCAUCGAGCAAGUAUCAAGACACCGAUGCAUCUUGCCAAACCGGGGCUUCUUGAAGCAGCUGAGAGAACUGGACAUAGCGUUGGCACUACAGAGGAGGAACACCAAAAACAGCCUACGAUCUGAUGAUGACGAGAACAGCACCACGAUCUAG